UCGUUUUUACAUCAAAUCCAUCAGAAUGUCAUCUGAAAAACGUACUUCAGAACAUCAGAACAGAAAAUCUGACCUUUCGAACAAAGUGGUUAACAUAUUAAAUAUCACAUUGGCCUACAUUUAAACAGGGACCAAAAAUAGUGAAGUUAUUGAACAUUGACUUGGUUUGUUUUAAAGAUUUCAGAAUUCUAAAUCAUGUUGUUGCAAUGGCUUAGGUUCUGCAUUUAAGCGUCAGAACACCUCAACAAUGGUGAAACUGUAAUGAAUGGACAUUUGGUGUUGAGGAGGAUGGGUUCCCUUUUGAGACUGGUUCCUCUGAAGAUUCCUUCCUUUUUUCAUCUCAGGGAGUUUUUCGUUGGACUGUCGCCACUGGCUUGCACGUUAGGAAUAAUCUUACUGUAUAACGUCUGCAAAGCUGCUUGGAGACAAUGUCUAUUUUUAAAAGGUGUUAUACAAAUAAAACUGAAUUGAAUUGAAUUGGAUUUCCCAUUUGAAAUGAAACCAGAAUGGAUCCCGUUGUACAAUUUAAAAUCCAUGACUACAUGAACACAGUAAGCUAUUUAAAAAAUACGAAGACCAUUUGUUAUCUUGUCUAUCCGAAGUAAUUGUUCUAGACAACGUUCAACCAAAGAAAGCUGCAUGCAGAGGGGGUGUUUAUUACAGGUUUUUACUCUGAUCCUGAAUAUAAUUUUCCUAUGACUAAGGCUCACCUGCCACUUUGAGUCUUUUGCAACUUGGUGACUUGAACUAUAGGCUAAAUUAUGAGUAGAGAUGAAUAGCAUGAUGUCUGCACUAUCUCUAUUAUAUAACCACUGAUAAAACGCUUUUGUGUGGAGGUUUGGAAAAGUGUUUGGAUGGGAGGCAUAUAUUAGGGCUAUAUAUUAAAUUGCUAAAAAAGGUAAUAGCCUACAGUACAUCUCUCUCUCUCUCUCUCUCUCUCUCUCUCUCAAUCCCCCUUCUCUCACAGUUUCAAUGACUGAGAUGACCGCACACACACUGUAGUGUGAUGACAGACAGACCCACGUGAAUGAAAUUACAGAGAGCAGAUAAACGCUCGACCCCCCAGCAGGUUCCUGCUCCUCCACGUACGGACCCCGUCUUUCGUUUCCACGCAGCACUAAAGGAGGAUCAAAGUCAAUGAAACAUCUGAAGUCCGGGCACUGGACCUUGUCUUGUCAGGAUCUCGCUGUCACGUGGUCGUCUGGACUGGUUGAAGCGUGUGUCUCUCUCUCUCUCUCUCUCUCUCUCUCUCUCUCUCUCUCUCUCUCUCACACACACACACACACACACACACACCUGAAUGCGUCACUGGAGGACUGGUGUGUCUCGAGAGCGCAGAAGCAGGCAAGCGAAUAAAAGGGACACGAGAUUGAUAGUGCGUAAUGUAAACAGUCUAUCAACCUUUCCAAUACACACACACACACACACACACACACACACACACACACACAUGGACAGCAGCAGAUGCAAGUCGCAAUAACUUCAGAGUAAUUUACCUGUGGCGGUUUAAACCAGCUGCUCUGAGUCCACUUAGAAGGACUCGUUUCCAAACAGUUACGCAGCGUCCACGUGUGAAGGACUGACCAGACCCGGAGCACACACACACACACACACUCACGCGCGCGCGCACGCACGCAAGCACGCACACACACAGUAACUGUGUGCAAUCUCCAAAGUGCACCCGCUCGCACGGACGUCCAGUUUUCCCCCCGACGGGCUCCAUGAAGGAUGUGGCUGCGCUCGGGCACACGCGCUUGAUGAAGCGGCCGCCGCUAUCAUGCGCGUGUUGGCCGAGGCCAGCGUCCAGUGUCUGCGGCUGGCUUUCCUGCUGAUGGUGGCGGCAGGCGCGGCGCCCUCCCCGGCUCUGAGCGCCGGUUGCCCGGAGCGCUGCGUGUGCGACGAGCAGCUGGUGGUGCAGUGCGCCGGCCAGAGGCUCAGCGUCUUUCCCGCGGACCUUCCGCUCGCGACGCGCCAGCUCAUCCUGAGCGACAACCGCAUCGGCGAGCUGCCACCGCUCCAACUCAACUACCUGUCCGACCUGGUGUACCUGGACUGCAGCAACAACUCUCUCUCGGAGAUCUCGGAGUCGACGUUCGGCAACCUGCGCAAACUCGCCUACCUGGACCUGUCGUUCAACGCGCUGGCGCGCAUCGAGGACCGCACGUUCGGCGCGCUCGCCAGCCUCGUCAUGCUGCGCCUCACCGACAACCCGGGCCUGUCCGAGAUCCACGCGGACGCGUUCGCCGAGAACAGCGCGCUGCAGGUGCUCGACGUGAGCCGCAACAACCUGACCACGUUGAACGUGAGCACGCUGGUGGCGCUUCCCGCGCUGCGCGCUCUCGGCCUCAGCGGAAACCCGUGGCGCUGCGACUGCGACACUGAGGACCUGUGCCUGUGGGUGCACAUCGAGGGCUUCAAGUUUCAAGACGAAGGACAGACGGUGUGUCAGAAUCCGGCGGAGAUGCGCGGCCGUCGCCUAGCGGAGGUGGGCAUGCAGCUGCGCUCCGAAUGCCACCAAGGCCUUGGCUACUGGGACUACCUGUUUUUCAUUGCCAUUGGCUUCGUCAUCUUCUCAGCAGGCACCGUUUCAGCCUGGGUGAUGGGCGUGCUCAUGGUGCUCUACGAGCGCUACAGCAAGAGGAAGAGUGAGGAGGUGGACGGAGAGGAUGACGAGAGCACGCCCAUCCGCAACACUGGGAGUAGCCAUGGCAACGGAGACCUGAGCAAGCCCGGCAUGCAGGUGUGAUCGAGCGUGGGGAUGGACGAAGGAUUAAUAGGCGAGACAGUGGAAAGAAUACUGAGCACAUUUUUAAUGAUGAAGGUGACUUGAGUGCACUCUGUGAACGUGUCCCAGUAAUUCCCUGUAGAUCUCUGACAGGAUCAUAUUGGGUUCAUCACCCAUAACGAAAUAGUUUAAAAAAGUCUUUGGGUCUGUGAGUUAUAACCAGUAAUAAUUGACCUAAACCUGGACACUGUGUGCAUGUGUGCAUAUAAACAUGUUCACAGAGCAGUAAGGGGAUUUAAACAGUCCCAGCCUGGAUGCAUAGAAAAAAAUGAGACCUGAUUCCUACUAACACUUUUUUGGUUGUUUUUGUUGUUGUUUUUUUUUCCCCCACACCAGCAUCUUUUCAUAAAUCAUAUCAAUCCAAAAUGAAAUGUGUAAACGAUGAUGCUCAUCAAAAGGAAAUGACGGGCAUGCACACUGAGUUUCAGGCCAAUGACCUUUACAUCAUUUCCAACAUUUUUAUUUGUUUUGACAUGAACACUCCAGCAAAUACAAAGCAGUCAAA